AUGUCAACUCCAUCUUUUACUAAUAAUGUUGUUGAUGAAAUCCUUAUGAAAGAAGAUUCAGAGUCCAUUGAUGAUUUUGUUGCAAUUGAUUCUAUGUUUCAUAUGGAAAGUGAUGAUGAUGAUGCUCCAAUGACAAAGAAGCUUGUUCAAGAUGAUGUUGAUAAUGUUUCACAACACAAGAAGCUUGUUGAAGAUUCUUCUCAACUAAUUAAGGAAGCUAGUUUUCAACCCUCCAAUAUUCUCUUCGAAAUCAAUAGUAUUGCAUCAAUGCAAGAGACUAUCAUGACUUCAUUUCAGACAUCAUUUGACAAAAAGUUUUCUAAAAUGAACAAGUUGAUUCUUAGUUUUUGUGCUUUGUUGCAGAAUUAA